CGUAUUCAGUUCAACAAUAGGAUUGUGUUUAUGCGACUUCCUGGUAUCUCGCCCCACAACACAACAUUCAUCCCACAACGCAACAUUCAUCCCGCAACACGACAUUUAUCAUACAACACAACAUUCAUCAUACACAACAUACAGCAUCACACCACGCAACCCCACGCACCGAACACCACCAUACCACAACACACAUCGUUCUCACAACCCAACCGAGUAAAAAGGAUUGGCCAGAUCGGGGCGGCCACAGUCGAUUUUCACGCCCGAAAACUCAACACGCGUCUCGCCAGCUAUAGACUUUUCCUUUUCCUUUUCGUCGAAGUUGUGGUUAAAGUUCCCGAAAAACAAUCCGUUCGGUCGUGUGGUUGUGCACCGGCAGUAGUAGCAGUGAAUAUACAUAAAAUAUACAAAUUAAACAUAGAUACCUAUAUAUAUAUUUAAUAAAAAAAGGAAGAAAUCGAACUAUUGUGAAGUUUUCCCCGAAAAGAAAAAUAUACAAGUAAUUGAAUUUUACUCUUUGAUCGUGAAAAUAUAAUUCUUUCAAUUAAGCGCUAACAAAAAAGGGAUACAUAAUUCAAGGUACAAGUAAGUAUACCCUGUGAAACUAAUUGCAACGAACAAAUGGUCCUUCGAGCCUCUCAGAAAGGCACCUACGAUUAAAAAAAAAAAACAAAGAAAACGUAAAUUAGAAAAUGAAAAAAUAAAAGAUAAUACAAAAAAGUAAAAAGUGCAAAAAAAAAAAAAAAGUUGCAUAUACAUAUUAACAAAAAGCAUUAAACGGGCGCGUGAUAGAACAAAGGUCAAUAACCUCAACUCCACAAAAUACAUAAACGGGCGCGAUAUAACACAAAGAACUUACUAAAGAAACGAAAAACUAAAGUGCAAUACUAAAGUGAAGUGACAACAAUUUAUAGAAACUAGAAUAAAAAAAAGUGCUGUGAAAAUAAAACGAAAUACACAUGUACAUACGUAUAUAAAAAAUUCAACUAGAUUGCAGUGGAAAGAACAACGAAAAUUCGUGCAUAUGUACGUGCAAAAACACUAACACAUUUGGCAGAGCAGACAAGGAUUACAAGCAACGUGGGAAGAGAAUACAAACUCAACACGGAAGAAGAAAUAAAAACCAAAAAGAGGAAAACGACUGAGAACACAAAGUAUUGCCCAAAAACCCUUGACGGAAGAAAAAGUGAGUCCAUUCCAAUUUGAUUUUUUAUAAAAUUAUGUAUGCGCAUAUGUAUGCUUGAUAUACAGUUGAAGCUGUAAGACGGCAUACAGCUAUUUAGAAAUAACCCAACUGUUCUAUACGAAAAAUCGGUUAGACAGUUCGGUAUAUACAUACAUAUGUAUGUAUAGGUACCGAAAUAAAUGAAAAAAUUGCGGUACCUGCCUGUCGCUAACACACUGUAAUUUUCCAAAAUCACAAAAAAAAAAUGUUUUCCUUUCAAAGUUAAGUAUUAUUACUUGCAUGUUCUGGUGAUACCCCUUGGGCUAAAAAAGCAACAAGCAGGAUCGCCUAUAAUAAAUAAGCAAAGGCGAGCAAAAAAAGAACAUGCAAAUACAUACAUAUGUACACAAAUAAGUAAAGAUACUCGAUCGUGUAAGAGAUACAUACAUACAUAUGAGCAUAUACAUACAUACAAAAAUUUAUGGGCAAUCGAACUUUCCGCGCCAAAUUUUAUAUGCCGUAAUUAAUAUACUUAUAUUCAUGGACAUAUGGUACAUGCAUAAAUCGACUGUAAAAAUUUUUUGAAAAACUGUUGUUACAUAACUACCUGCCUUCAAGCUUACUUCGUGUCUCCAAACACACUACAAAAAAAAAAACUAAAAUUUUUUCAAAGUCAAGUAUUCUUACUUGCAAGUUCUGGUGAUACCCCUUGUGCUAACAAAGCAACAAGCAGGAUCGCUUUAAAAAUAAGCAAAGGCAGAAGAAAAAAUAUAACAACAACAUAACAGUGGAUAUAUGUGUAUGUACAUAUGUGUACAUAUGUAUAUCGCGAUCUAACUACAUAUUUCUCGGUUAUCUCUCUUACGUUUUCUCUCGGCCUUAAUAUAUACCAACAUACCAAUAUAAAGGCUACAAAUACAUACGUACCUACAUACAAGUAAUAAUAUAUAGAAUAUAUUUAUUACUAAGGUCAACGAACUUAAACAAAAAAAGGGAAAGGCGUCACAACGGAACAUAGCAAAAAUCAUCAAAUUACAUGUACAUGGAGGAUAUCCAUAUUCAAACAUUGGAAAAUAAAAAAUAAAAAAAGGAAAAAAAAAACAUAUUUACGUAUGCGCAUUUUUACAUAUACACGCUUAUGGUAUAUACAUAUGUGCAUACAUCGUGUAAUUAUUGAAAUUUCUUUUUCGCGCUCCUUUGGACUAACGUAUGCAGAUUAACGAAACAUUUGAAUACAUACUUGCUUACUUAAAUGUUAACAUAUUUACAAACAUAUAAAAAUUUUAUACUUAUUUAGUAUUAUUAUUCCGCACUUUUCCCUAUAUUGCACAUUCGUAUUAUAUACAUACAUAUGCAUGUACAUAUGUAUGUGACAAGUGUACGAAACUAGCGUGUGAUUUUUUAAGAGCUUGAUAACUUUUUUUAAAAAAAAAGCGCAUAAAAUUUGCAAAAUCUCAUCGGUUCUUUAUUUGAAACGUUAGAUUGGUUCAUGACAUUUACUUUUUGAAGAUAAUUUCAUUUAAAUGUUGACCGCGGCUGCGUCUUAGGUGGUCCAUUCGGAAAGUCCAAUUUUGGGCAACUUUUUCGAGCAUUUCGGCCGGAAUAGCCCGAAUUUCUUCGGAAAUGUUGUCUUCCAAAGCUGGAAUAGUUGCUGGCUUAUUUCUGUAGACUUUAGACUUGACGUAGCCCCACAAAAAAUAGUCUAAAGGCGUUAAAUCGCAUGAUCUUGGUGGCCAACUUACGGGUCCAUUUCUUGAGAUGAAUUGUUGUCCGAAGUUUUCCCUCAAAAUGGCCAUAGAAUCGCGAGCUGUGUGGCAUGUAGCGCCAUCUUGUUGAAACCACAUGUCAACCAAGUUCAGUUCUUCCAUUUUUGGCAACAAAAAGUUUGUUAGCAUCGAACGAUAGCGAUCGCCAUUCACCGUAACGUUGCGUCCAACAGCAUCUUUGAAAAAAUACGGUCCAAUGAUUCCACCAGCGUACAAACCACACCAAACAGUACAUUUUUCGGGAUGCAUGGGCAGUUCUUGAACGGCUUCUGGUUGCUCUUCACCCCAAAUGCGGCAAUUUUGCUUAUUUACGUAGCCAUUCAACCAGAAAUGAGCCUCAUCGCUGAACAAAAUUUGUCGAUAAACACAUUUCGAACCGAACACUGAUUUUGGUAAUAAAAUUCAAUGAUUUGCAAGCGUUGCUCGUUAGUAAGUCUAUUCAUGAUGAAAUGUCAAAGCAUACUGAGCAUCUUUCUCUUUGACACCAUGUCUGAAAUCCCACGUGAUCUGUCAAAUACUAAUGCAUGAAAAUCCUAACCUCAAAAAAAUCACCCGUUAUAAGGAAAACGAAAGCACAAGCAAACAUUAAGCAUAACUAUAUGCAUAUAAUAUAUACAUACGUUUAUUUUGCGUCAUUAUUAAUUUCUUUCCUUUUGCGUUCUUAUAUCCAAAGAUAGACGUACUAAGGAAUAAUAUACAAAUUAAUCGCGAGUAUAUCGCAGAUACUUUUAACCAAUACACGGUAACAAAAAAAAUAAAAUAAUUAUAUACAAAUAUUUUUUGAUUUGACUAUUUAUGCGGUGAAUACGUGUUCGAAAAUUUAUAUAAUUCAAUUAAUUAAUAAUAAAAGAUUCAAUUCUAUUAUUCUUCUCAUUUUUAAUUACACAUUUGCUCCUAUUAUAAAUUUUUUAAUUGUAUUUUAAAGCAAAACAAUUUUAAGCUCAAAGCUUACAAUUUAAUUCUAUAAAUGCAAUCUGAUAAAUCGAAAGAGGUUAAACCAAGAACACCUCAAUUAUUAGAAAUUCCAAAAAUGGCUGAUGAUGACAAAUCACAAAGCACACCUGCAGAAGCUACACGCUCAAAGCAGGGUGCCAAACAAAAAAGAACCAAAGAUAAUUUAGUGUCAAGGUUCAUAACUGAAAGUGACAGUUUUGUUAGAUACUGCACAAGAUUCACUGCUUCCCCAAUUAACGAUAACACAGAAUCGGUUCUAAAUUUAAAAAUUCAAAGCAUAGAUAGCAUAUGGGCACGCCUUCUGGCAGCAAAGAUACUGACGAUGCUGAACUCCCAGAAAACAUAAAAGCUUCGGCGUCAGCUAAAUAUGAAAACUGCCUCGAACAAUAUGAAAUUACGAAGGCAAUGAUAUUGGACCAAAUAAAUUUAUUAAGGCCAUGUAGAGCCACUACUCCUCCUCCGAGAGUAGGUACGACUCAAAAAGAAGAAAUAGAUACAGGUAUAUUCUUGAAAGUGCCAGCUUGUGAUACUGAAGUUUUUCACGGAGGUUAUGAGCAGUGGCCCUCCUUCCGGGACAUGUUCACUGCCGUAUACAUUAACCAUCCCAAACUUUCACGAGCUCAAAAGUUGUACCAUCUUAGGUAAAGGGGAAGCUGGCGGUAUCGUCAAGCGUUUCGCUUUAAAUGACGAAAACUUUAAUCUGGCUUGGGAAGCACUGGUCGAAAGAUACGAAAAUGAAAGAGUAUUGGUAGACAACCAAAUAACAAUUUUAAUGAAUUUACCAAAAAUUCAACAAGAAACCAGCCAAGAGUUUCAAAAACUAUACUCGACAGUGACAAAUUGUUUAUCUGUGUUAGAAACACAAAAGAUUUCCACAGAAUCGUGGGACCCUGUCCUACUAAAUAUUUGUGCAGCAACAAUGCCUGAUGCUGCUUUGCUACGAUGGGAGCAAUCACUAGUGGCAAGAAAGAAAUCGCCAAAAUGGCAUCAAAUGAAAGACUUCUUAACAACUCAGUACGAAAUAGCUGUGCGAGUUGACAAAAAAACAGUCAAACAAAAAAAUAAUCAAAAUGAGUCGAAUAAAAACUUUUUUAAACCCCAAGCCAGCAAUAAUACACAAUAUAAUAGGCACGCUAAUAGAAGCCAAACAUUUGUGACAAAUCAAACAAAUCAUUGGCAAUCAUUAUGUGAAAUAUGUAAAGGAGGUCACAAUAUAAGAUCUUGCGAGAAAUUUAAAAAAUUAUCCGUUUCUGACAGAAACAAUCUUGUCAGACAGCAUAAACUUUGUAUCAACUGUCUGUCGAAUGCUCAUACGACAAAAGACUGUGAAAGCAAAUUUACUUGUGUGUACUGUCAACGAAGACAUCACUCAUUGCUUCAUAUUACAAAUUUUCAAAAUAUGAAGCAAAACCAAUUUCAUAAAACCACCGGGUUAGUCACUACAAACAAAAGUGAUAAUCCCGAAAUCUCAAAUCCCGAAAAAAGGGAAAAACCACCAUGUUGCUCUAAAGCAGCAAAAAUUCAAGCUCUUCAUUCAGAGAAUGAAAGCAAAAUUCUUUUACCCACUGCGGUCAUCGCUAUUGAACAUAGAGGAGAAUUAUUCAAAUUAAGAGCAUUAAUAGAUCAAGGUUCUCAAAGAUCCUUUAUAUAAUAUAAAGCCCAAAAUCGGCUAAAAUUGCCUGUCAAAAAUUCAAAUUUCCAAAUUUCAGGAAUGGGCGGACAAAUUAUACAAAAUUCAAACAAAAUUUGCCCAAUCACUAUAGUCUCCCCAAACGCGGAUAUAAGAAUAGAUGCACAAGCCAUCGUUCUACCGCAACUCACAAAUUUACUUCCAAGCUGUGAAGUAAAUAAAAAGCAAUGGGAAAAAUGCUCAUAUCUCAAAUUAGCAGACCCCAAUUGCCAUACCCCAUCACAAAUUGAUUUGUUAUUAGGUAGUGAGUUAAUACCUCAAAUAAUUCUUGAAGGUAUAGAAAAAAUAUCCAAUAAAUUGUUAGCCCAAAAUACAAUCUUUGGGUGGAUAUUAAGUGGCCAAGUCACAGAAAAAAUUAAUUCUUUUACAACUGAAGUUGAAAAUAUUUCAAACGAAUAUUUAAAUGAUGAACUCAAAAAAUUCUGGGAAGUAGAAGAAUUACCUCAGUCUACUCAACUCUCAGAAGAAGACCAGGCAUGCGAAGCCUAUUAUAAGUCCACAACAACAAGAAACGAAAACGGUCGUUAUGUUGUGCGACUCCCUUUCAAACCCACCUUCCCAGAUUCUAUAGCUCUAGGUCACUCUAGAAUAUCAGCAGUGCAGCAAUUUCUAAGCUUGGAAAAAAGUCCGAUAAAGAAAAGUGAGCUCAAAUCAGCAUAUGAUAAUGUGAUGGACGAAUAUCUAGACCUCAAUCAUAUGGAAGAAACUGUACCAUAUGAAAAAGUAUCUAAAGGUAGAUAUUUAUCUUUUUAUCUGCCACAUCACGAGGUAAUACGACCUGAAAAACUCACAACAAAAGUACGAGUGGUUUUCAAUGCCUCAAAGUGUACGAGCUCAGGCAAAUCACUCAACGACGUACUAUAUACUGGUCCAACCUUACAACCUGAUCUGAUGCUGCUAAUACUAAAUUGGCGCAUGUUUAAAUACGUUUUUAAUGGGGAUGUAGAGAAAAUGUACAGACAAAUUCUAGUGCAUAAAGAUGACCAAGAUUUGCAGCGUAUAGUCUUCCGCAAAUCAAGUAAUAGUCCAAUCAGCGACUAUAAACUUAAAACCGUCACCUUUGGCAUCAAUUGCGCACCCUAUUUGGCGAUCAGGACACUAUAUGAAGUGGCAAAAACAAAUGCAACAAAUUUGCCUUUAGCAUCUUCUGUGUUGCAAACACAAACAUACGUGGACGACAUACUAUCAGGUAGCCACAGUAUCUCAUUAGCGUGCGAAUCACUAUCUCAAGUGAUCAAAGCACUAAAUUCAGCGGGAUUCCCCUUAAAGAAAAUUACAUCAAAUCAUCCCGAAAUAAUAAAAAACAUAAAAAAGGAAGACUUAUUAGAUACAAAUUUCCUUAAAUUUGAAACGGCCAGUACAACAAAAACCCUAGGGAUUCAAUGGAAUGCGAUAACAGAUGAAUUCUCAUAUACUUUUCGACACCGCAGGAUGGCUUUCGCCAAUAAUGAUACAAGCAAAAAUCCUCAUUCAAGAAUUGUGGCAAGAUGGCACUGAAUGGGAUGAACAGGUAAAACCUGUACGUUUAACAAAAUGGGUACAAUUUGCUAACAAUUUGCAUGCUAUAUCAGAAAUUCGAAUCCCUCGGUGGGUAAAUUUCACCCCCAAUAGUAACACAGAAUUACACGGUUUCUGUGAUGCCUCUGAAAAAGCUUAUUGCGCAACAGUUUACGUACGCACACAGUACGAUAACAAAAUAUCUGUACACCUCUUGGUAGCCAAAGCCAAAGUUGCACCUUUGAAGACACUCAGUCUGCCACGGCUUGAACUGAAUGGUGCUCUUCUGUUAGCAAAAUUAAUUUCAUUAGUUCAAACCCAUCUGAAAUAACCGAUCAUAAAACGUAUCUUUGGUCAGACUCAGAAAUAGUUUUGGCAUGGUUAGAAAAACCACCCUAUUGCUGGAAGACCUAUGUAUCUAACCGAAUAUCUCAAAUCUUGGACUUAGUUGGCCCAGCAAAAUGGCAACAUGUUGCAAGUGCAGAUAACCCAGCGGAUCUUGGAACAAGAGGUUGCAAGCCACUGCACCUCACCAGCACUACACUCUGGUGGAAUGGUCCAACAUGGCUAACAGAAUCACAAGAAUUCUGGCCAAAGUCUCCCGCUCGUAAUAUAAUACCGCCGGAAAGUCGGAAAAUUGAAAAUUUUCAUAUCACUCCAGAAGAGGAUGAUAUUCUCCACCGAUUUUCUUCAUUUCCUAGAGCACUAAGAGUAGUCGCUUACAUGCACAAAUUCACCCAAAGACUUAAACAAAAAAUGAAAGGGAUACCAAAUGAUCCUUGCAUACAACUAACGCAUACCGAUUUGCAACAUGCCAAAGUUAGUCUCAUUACCUACACCCAAACUCGCUAUUUCAGUCGAGAGAAAGCAAAGUUGUUCGAAAGACGACCACUCGAAAAGGGAAGCGCUCUUCUCGUUUUAAAUCCAUUCUUGGACGCUAAGGGAUUAAUAAGGGCAAAUGGAAGAUUAGCGAACUCCAGCCUUAGUUAUAACGAACGACAUCCCAUUAUUAUACCUGAGAAAUCCCGGUUUACUCAUUUAUUCCUAAUAUACCUUCACCAGCUUACACUACAUGGUGAGCAUCGCUUGAUGCAGCAAAUGGUCCGACAAGAAUUUUAUAUACCGCGACUAAAGCCACAACUUAAAAAGACGAUUUUUAUGUGUAAGCAAUGUACCUUGUACAAACAUAAAAUGCGCACGCAGAUCAUGGCAGCUUUACCACCUAAACGCUGCAAUUAUGCUCUACCUUUUACUAUUACUGGGGUUGAUUUUGCUGGACCUUUCCAGAUAAAGGCCUCAAUGUUAAGAUCAUCUACAUUUAGAAAAGGAUAUGUGGCUGUUUUUGUAUGUUUUACGACAAAGGCAGUACACCUCGAGCUUUGUUCAGAUCUGACAACUGCGGCUUUCCUCGCAGCAUUCGCACGCUUUGUCGGACGACGCGGAUUUCCCUCAAAGAUUAUGAGCGACAAUGGAAAAAACUUUAUCGGAGCUCAAAGAGCCACCGAGAAAGAAUUCAUAAACUUCAUGAAAGAAGUAUCCCCCGAAAUUGUUAAAAAAUAUGCAGUUUAUACCUCCAUGUUCUCCACACAUGGGUGGACUUUGGGAAUCAGUAGUGAAAAGCUUUAAGUCCCAUUUAAAGAAAACGGCUGGUAAUCAUAAAUUCAAUUAUGAGGAGUUUACUACACUACUCACUCGUAUCGAAGCCGUAUUAAAUUCAAGACCUAUAUCACCACUCUCGCAAGAUCCCUCCGAUUUCACAGCUCUUACACCUGGACAUUUCCUCAGAGGAGCUCCCCUUCUCGCCAUACCUGAGACAGAAGGAGACUCACUCACUUUAAUAAAUCGAUGAGAAAGAAUCAAGAUUCUCCAUCAUGAAUUCAGCCACAGAUGGAAGGAGGACUAUCUUAAAGAUCUCCAUAAGAGAUAUCGAUGGAAAACGAUCCAGAAGGAACCCAGUACAGGCGAAUGCGUCAUCAUACAGGACGAAUGCCUUCCCCCAACCGAAUGCCGACUAGGUCUCAUUGAAAAGGUACAUCGGGGACGAGAUGGUCAUAUAAGAGUAGUAGAUGUGCGAACAGAAACUGGCCUACUAACUCGACCAUUAGUGAAAUUGUGUUUUCUUCCCAAUACCGAAGAACCGAUUACCGAACACGAGCGAACGCAAACGCAUACAUAAAGUCAAACAAUAAUUCAUUAAAAAUACACCGUUUUACAAUCCGUACGUACAAACCAAAAGCAUAAUGAACGCGGUUAAUACUAAACAAUAAAAUCCAUAUAUAAAUAAUAUAUAAUACAUAAAUAAAUAUAUCUAUAUAUACACCUAUAUAUAAUGAGUAGCAUGCUUCAUACUACUAGCAAAACCAUAUUUAAUAUACAUAUUCCUAUUCCACUAGAAAUGGACGUAGAAGACAUACGCAAUAAGCACUUGAGGAAUACGUACCACCACGAUGUAGCCUAUGCCAUCGUCCCCAUGUCUUAAAGAAGUGUACGAUCUUCAAGACGAUGACGCCCGCUCAGCGCCAACAGAUCGCUAGAGCCCACGGGCACUGCAUGACAUGCUUGGCAGACACGCACGCUACGAUGGAGUGCAUGUCAGACGGGUCGUGUCAGUACUGCCACCGACCGCAUCACACGUUAUUCCACCGCUUCCCUCGACGCGCUGAUCAGACAACGCACACCAGUCAUCGGCAGAAUCAACAGCGGCACAGUCAACGUGGGAAUCAAGUGCAACGCCGAAGAGCCCAUCGUUCUAAGCAGUCCCGAGGUGCCCGCUCGCAUACCCCGCCGCAUCAUAGUCAUCGCAACCAGCGAAAAGCGACGGGCUUCAGCGCUGAGUACCCUACAAAAACUACAGAGGCUUCUAGGCAAUUAAUUCGCCUAGGGGGGCCGGGAUGUUUAUGCGACUUCCUGGUAUCUCGCCCCACAACACAACAUUCAUCCCACAACGCAACAUUCAUCCCGCAACACGACAUUUAUCAUACAACACAACAUUCAUCAUACACAACAUACAGCAUCACACCACGCAACCCCACGCACCGAACACCACCAUACCACAACAAACAUCGUUCUCACAACCCAACCGAGUAAAAAGGAUUGGCCAGAUCGGGGCGGCCACAGUCGAUUUUCACGCCCGAAAACUCAACACGCGUCUCGCCAGCUAUAGACUUUUCCUUUUCCUUUUCGUCGAAGUUGUGGUUAAAGUUCCCGAAAAACAAUCCGUUCGGUCGUGUGGUUGUGCACCGGCAGUAGUAGCAGUGAAUAUACAUAAAAUAUACAAAUUAAACAUAGAUACCUAUAUACAUAUUUAAUAAAAAAAGGAAGAAAUCGAACUAUUGUGAAGUUUUCCCCGAAAAGAAAAAUAUACAAGUAAUUGAAUUUUACUCUUUGAUCGUGAAAAUAUAAUUCUUUCAAUUAAGCGCUAACAAAAAAGGGAUACAUAAUUCAAGGUACAAGUAAGUAUACCCUGUGAAACUAAGUGCAACGAACAGAUUGAAAGAUAAAAAUGUAUAGAAAAACACUUUGUUUAUACUGCACUCUAAGAGUUCACGUUUGAUUCUGAUCUUUUUCAUUAAAAUUUCUUUCGUCAAUAAAUUUCUUAAUUCUAAUCUCUUAACUAGGUAUCUUUCUUCUUAAUAUAUAUACAUUUUUUGACCCUGUGUGUAAUUGAACUGCUCCUAAACGGCUGGACCGAUUUUGAUGAAAUUUUUUGUGCGUGUUUAAGGAGAUUCGAGGAUGGUUUAGAUUCACAAUUUGGUCCACUGGAAAAUGUUUUUUUAAAUAAAUUUUUCAUUUGUAAUUAAUUGCUAAUUUUGGAAUGUUUUACAUUGGAAUCGAUAGAUUGCGCUACCAUCGCAGUAUGCAAUAUUUAAACCUUAAAUUGGCGUAAACGUGCAAUAAACAAAACGAUGCCAAAGUAAAAGUCGACAUCUGUAGACACGUUUUCAUAAUGUCGACAGAGUUGUUCGUUCUUAAGUAAUAAAUUGGGUGAUUCAAUAUAUCUAUGGGUAGCUAUAAAAUUUUUUUCAUACCUGCUAACUAUUGGAGGGGGUAUCUUGACAGGCAAUUUAAAAUUGCAAAAGAUCUGGCAUAAAAAAAUAGCCGCAUAACUGAAGUGUUGAUAAAAAGGUUUAUUAAAAUUUGAGAUAUAUAGAAAUCUUUUCGAAGCAUUGCACAGAGCAAUGCUAUAUUUAAACGGGAACGAUGAAGUACAUAUAUGCGCACAAUUUCAAACGGAAACACCUAACGUGACAGCUCCUUUCCAGCCCAUGUAUCAAAAUGCCAUAAGACUGCUCAAGUUAUGAUACCGGGCUACACUGUUAUGAACACAAGAAAACCGGACCGGUUGAGAAUAUUUUUAAAGGACAUUCAAUUCGUGAUGCCAUCUUGCUGCUUAAAUUAGUACGGGAUGAAUUGCCAAGAACUGUUCUUAUAAAAGCUUGGAAAAAUAUAAAACAGUUAGACGAUGAUCAAUAUGACAGCGAAGACGAAAUUCCAUUGCAUACAUUGAUUAGAUCAAAUAGUUCUUACGAUGAUACACUUCGAGAGGUACAAUCGUUAUUGUCCAAAGUGGAUAGUGUUGACGUCAGAAGUGAAGACAUCGGAAAUUGGAAUGACGAUCGAAAUACGGAAGAUGAUGAGAUUUCGAAGUAUCUGACAAUGAAGUUGAAGAACCAGUUAACAAAAAAAAAGUUUUUCCUUUAUGAAGUGGUAUGAAAACAAUAAUGAUGAAAAUCAGAUAUCAUAUCUUAUUAUUAUGCGCACGAAAAUUGUCAGGAGCUGUUACACCAAAGAAGAAAAACAGACAAGUCUCACCGCUUCUUUAAGGGGUUGGGGUAGUCAGAGGCACGAAAAAAUGAGAAUUUUCAGUAUUUAUUUUUUGCUAUUAAAUUGUGUUAUUUUACAAAAGUAGUAAUAUGGCAUUAUUAUAGAAUGACUUGAAGUCACCAAAAUUUCAAAAAAAAGUUUAAUUUCCAAAGCUUUAGUUGUAUAGUCCUUGAAGAUUUAUCUAAAAUAAAUCGCUCAAAAAAAAUUAAUUUUGUAAACAGAUAAACACGGGCCUGAUCGAAGGAUUUUAUUUUUUAAAAAUUAACAAAAUGGCGGCCUCAGGAAAUUUUUGUCUAAAUUUUUGGGAAAAAAUCAACAGUUGAUUGGUUUUAAAAAAUCGACAUUUUUGAAUAACAAAAAAUCCUUUGAGCAGGCCCGAGUUUAUUAUGUAUUCUAAAAGCUGUAUAAAUUUGAUUAAAAUCUACUGAGGGGUAUUGGAGUUACGGUUGUCAUCAGUUCAAAAAACAUAGUUUUGAGAAAAACGCGUUUAAAGUUUUACACAAGCGCUUUGAAGUGCCCCAGCUCUCUUUGUUAUUUGUCGAAUAACUCAAAAACUAAUAAUCGGAUAACGUGAAAUUUUCAGAAAAUAUUUUUUAAGAUAUUACACUUAACGAAAAUGCAAAAAACAAAUAAUUUUUUCAAAAUUCUGACUACCCCUAACCCCUUAAAGCAGUCCUUAGAAAUUAAUAUGUACAUAUGUAUAGUAUGUAAAAUGUUAACAAGUACAAACUAAAUCUAAGUUUCUGUCUUGUUACAAGUAAAAGUGAGUAAUGAAAAUAAAUUGAAAAUAUUAUAACACCAAAAUUAUAUUUACAUAUUUAUUACCCUUAACAACCCUUAACCUGGUAUAGAUGAGUGGCAGCUUAUCAAGGAGGAAAAACCAAAUAAAGCAAGCAGACCAAUACUGGUGGCCAUUUGCGAUGAGUCCAUUGAGGCUCUCACGAAGACUGACUACAAAAUCAGGUUCGCAAUUCGCAAGGCCAGGUUAAAAAUCUUCCAAGGCGACAAAGCGGCUCACGAAGACGACACGGAAGAGGUCGACGACGCCAGCCAGUUGCAAAGGAAUGUAGGCAUUGAAGAACCCCGAGAUGCUCAAUAGCAAUAACAUAAGAUGCGUACAGAUAAACCUGCAGCACUCGAAGAGUGCUACAGCGAAUCUGACAACCCUCGUGAACGAGGGGGCAUCGACUUCAGCCUAAUACUGAGCCCUGGGUCAAUGAAGAUUCCAUAAAAGGGCUAAACAGCAGCAACUAAUCUGUUUUACACACGGAACAGAGCACAGCAGAUAUCACAGUGGUAAAGGUGGAACAGAAGGAAAAGCCCUUCUUCUUGGUCUCAGCCUACUUGGCCCAUAAAGAAGACAUACCACCGGCUCCGCUCACCAGACUAGUAGAGGAGAACAGGAAGGAAGAUGUCCUACUAGGGUGUGAUGCAACGCAAGGCACACCGUAUGGGGUAGCUCCAGCACAAACACCAGAACUCUGAUAGAUUUCCGGGGUGGGAGGAAGUGCUUGACCUCACGCUAUCAACAGACACAGACAGUCUCGUUGUGGAUAAAUGGAGGGUACCCGAUAAGCCUUCCAUGUCAGAUCACUCCUGGACACUCUUCAGCAUCCGCGAGAAAUUCAGUGCUCCUCUCACAUACCGGAACCCUAGAAGAACAGUAUGGGAAAAAUUUACCAGUAUAGCAACAAAAUGCCUCGAAAAGGGAGGCAAUAAGAGUAUCGGAAAUCCUCAGGAACUAGAUUCAGAAGUAGAGAAGUUGGAAAAAAUCUUAACCACAGCUUUCAAUAAAUCUACUCCGCUAACAGUUUUGAAAAAGAGAAAGUCUCUUCCUUGGUGGAACAGUGAACUCAAGAAUUUGAGAACACAACUAAGGAAAGCUUUCAAUGAGAGUUUUAGAACCAAAAUCUGGCAGCCAUAUAAAGAUAUUAUGAAAAGAUACAAAAAAGCAGUCCGGAAAGCUAAAAACGACUCAAGGCGAUCGUUCUGCACAUCUAUAGAAAGUGGCAGAGAAACCGCUAGGCUGAAUAAAAUGCUAUCCAAAUAUCAUAUUAAUACUGCCUACAUUAGGGCGGAGGGAAGUGAUUGAACCUACUCGGCAAAAGAGUCUCUGGAGGUACUAAUUACAACGCACUUCCCCGGGAGUCAGCAAACACCUUCAACGAGGGUUCAAUCAGAACCACCGUUGAACGCAGCUCAUUAUCAAAGGCAAAUAGUAGACAAAAGCAAAAUCAAAUAUGCCAUAAAGAGUUUUGCACCAUUUAAGAUAGCAGGUCCAGACGGGAUUAUGCCCAUAAUGUUCCAAAAACUGGUAGAACCAAUGGUUCAAAGGCUCGAAAAUAUAUACAAAGCUAGCACUCAACUAUCUUAUUAUCCUCUCUCCGCUUCUAUGGGUUGUAGCGCUGAAUGAAAUACUCCUCCAAGUAAACGGUGGAGGAGUGAAAGCAGUAGCGUAUGCAGACGAUAUAGUGUUGUUGGUAUCAGGCAUGUUUCCUUCAACAGUCAGCGAGAUUAUGGAAAGAGCACUUCGAAGGUUAAAACAAUGGACUAGGAGUUAACCCGAACAAAACAGAACUGAUGCUAAUCACAAGCAGAACCAAAAUACCUCAAUUUCAACUUCCGGUACUAAACGGUACAACACUCACUCUAUCCCCCACAGCUAAAUACUUGGGGGGGUGGAGAUUGCCACCAAACUGUCCUGGAAAAUAAAUAUAGAAAAAAGAAUAAACAAAGCAUACGUGGCUUACUAUACUUGUAUCGUCAACAAGAACCCUUAGCAAAUAGAACUUUUUACCUAGUUAUAAUUACAAGGCGGCUGAAGGCCUCGUAGCCAGUGCUGCGUUUAUGUAUUUAUAUAAUAAAACUCCUUUUGUUAUAUGAAUUAUUAUAAAUAAAUAAAUAAAUAAGAAUAUGGGCCUCAAACCAAGUACAAUCAUGUGGAUGUAUACGGCUGUCAUAAGACCUAUACUUACAUAUGGAGCUCUGGUAUGGUGGUCAGCGCUAAACAAACAAUACAACAUUUAAAAAUUAAAUGGUAUAUAAAGAGCAGCAUGUGCAGGUGUUACUGGUGCUAUCAGGUAAUGUCCGACUGAUGCGCUCAACGUGAUCCUGCAUCAACUACCAAUGGACAUUUUUAUUCACAAAACAGCAGCUAUUGCGGCGAUAAGAAUAAAAGAAUUGGGAGGUUGGAAUCAGCAGAACAAUGGACACAGUGUUAUCCUAAACAAGCUCACCAUUCGGAAAUCAGACUACAUUCUCCCAAAGCUGGACUUCAAUAGACACUUCCAGGUGAGGAUACCAUCUAGACGAGAAUAGAGAAGAGGUUCAAUAGCAGAGGAGGAUACCAUCUCAGUCUAUACCGACGGGUCCAAAAUGGACUGCGGAGUAGGCACGGGGGUAUUCUCCGCUGAUCUAGGCAUAUCUCUCUCUAUACGUCUACCGAACUCGGCUAGCAUCUUCCAAACAGAAGCAUCCAUGACAAAUUCCAGCGUAGUUCACAACUGCAAGAGAGCACUAAGCUCAAUAAAAGACAAGCUCCAACUAAACUUGAUCUGGGUUCCCGGCCACAUGAACAUUUUCGGUACCGAAAAAGCAGACGGUUGGCAAAGGCAGGAGCUUUCCUCAACGAAUCCGAGGCCGAAGCUUCAACUAAACUUGAUCUGGGUUCCCGGCCACAGGAACAUUUUCGGUAACGAAAAAGCAGACGAAUUGGCAAAGGCAGGAGCUUUCUUCAACGAAUCGGAGGCGGAGAUAAUACCAAGCCCGCUAGGAUCGAUCAAAGGAGAGAUCAAUGGGCAAUUUACACAAGUUGCAAAUAACAGGUGGAAAAACAUUACAAAAUGCGUCAUAACAAAACAAUUAUGGCCAACAUAUGACAGGAAAAGAACCAACGACUUCUUAAAUAGGUCAAGAAAAAGUAUUUACAGAGUAACAGCUACCACAACAGGCCACUGGCCAUUUGGGGAGCACGCAUCCAAAAUGGGUUUGCCCUAUAACGACAUCUGCCGUGGCUCCGGUGUAGCAGGCAACAAGGAAACAAUUUUUAACUUUCUCUGCGAAUGCCCAGCUUUAGCACAUAUCCGACACAAAACACUUGGAAUCCAUCAAGCACCAAACCUUGAAUGGAUUUCCACUAAAAGCAUAUCGGACAUAAGUAGUUUGGUCGAAACCUGAAAAUGGUUUGAGAGAGAAAGUGAAACGUAAUAGCAGAUACAGGAGGUUCUGCGAACAGUGUAUCAAAAUGGCACAUCAAGUGCUGAUUGAGCCCGACAGGGCUGCCCUCCUACCUACCCUUAACAGACCGUAAAAACUCUUAACAAAAGUAACAAAUAAAUAGUUUAAAGCAGAGAGAGCAAUUGCUAAACGCCAAAACCUCCUGAAUUUGACAGUUGAUCGAGUGGUAAUGUUUAAAUGAGCAUCCUCCUCCGACAUCAGCACACACACCACAUCAACCCAACUUCACAACCCUGACACGCACCCUUCAUCACACUCACCACUUACAAUCCACACUACUCAUGAAAGCACCACACAUCGGCACCCACACACAAAAACACCAACUAACCACCAUCCCACCGCCAACGUACCAAAACGAAAAAAGGACCGACGAGGAGAUCCCAAUUCAGUUAGUUUUCGUCAUCAGCAACGAUCCAGGGAUAAAGGAAUGUCCAACUUAUUCCAAUGUGAGAGCGUCUCAAAAUUAGCGCUUUUUAUAAAAUUUUCCAUUAUGGCCAGAUCGGAUAAAAUAUUUAGUAAUUUUUGGCCAUUUAAAUUAAAACACUCAACAUUUAGUAUGAAUAAGAAUUACUAUGUAUAUAUAUUUAUUACAUGGAGAAACUAUUUAAAUCUUUUUAUAGUAUAUUAGAACAACUGACUUUUGACCUUUCAAUACCCAAUAAAAGGAUUUAAGCUUGUUAGCUCUCAAUCAUUAAAUGUUUUUAACCAUUUUCAGUGAAAAUAAUACUAUGAUGCUUCAAUUUACAAAACGUUUCAUCAAAUACCUUUAAAUUUCACAAAUUUAUUUAAUUUUUAUUGUUUUUCAUUUGUUUAAAGUAGCAAUGUUUGAGUAGGUGCCCACUUCAUAUUUGAGGUUACUUUUAAUUUGUUUUUCAAUUUGCACAAUAUUGCGGAAUUAAGGGAGGAUGGAGUCAUUUGUAGAAGUUCACGCAAGUGAGGAAAGUUAUCUGAUCGCCAUUCACUUGGGAGAUGCCCCCACCACGAUGUUAAAAUCGCGCUUGGCGACUUCAACGCCAGAGUGGGAAAAGAAGGUAUCUUUGGCACUACGGUUGGUAAAUUCAGCCUCUACGAGGAAAUAUCCCCAAAUGGGUUGAGGCUGAUCGUCUUCGCCGGGGCCCGAAAUAUCGUUAUCAGUAGUACUAGAUUCCAGCAUGAGAAGAUUCAUCAAGCUACCUGGCAGUCUCCGGAUCGAAAAGGCACCAACCAGAUCGAUCAUGUUGUGAUACACGGAAAACACGUCUCCAGUGUUUUAGAUGUGCGUGCGCUCCGAGGUCCUAACAUCGACUCGGACCACUAUAUUGUCGCAACCAAGUUUCGCACCCGCCUCUGUGCAGAAAAAAACGCACGCCAACAAACACAAGGAAGGUUCGACGUCGAGAAGCUGCAAUUACAACAGACAGCCGAACGACUUUCUACACGGCUUGCACUCCUGCUCUCUGAGAGCACUCGUCAACAACUCGGUAUAAGGGAACUGUGGAACGGCAUUUCAAACUCCUUACGUACAGCUGCAACCGAAACCAUUGGUUUUCGGAAAGUGCAAAAGAAGAGCUGGUACGACGAGGAAUGCCGUGUCGCAGCGGAGAGAAAACAGGAUACCUACCUCGCAACGUUACGAUCGACCACAACACGUGCGGGAUGGGAUAGAUACCGAGAGUUGAAAAGGGAAGUGAGACGCAUUUGUAGACAGAAAAAGAAAGUGGCCGAAAUGCGUGAGUACGAAGAGCUUGAUAAGCUGGCCGACAGGGGUAAUGCUCGAAAAUUCUACGAAAAGAUGUGGCGACUUACAGAAGGUUUCAAGACCGGAGCAUACUCUUGUAGAACGCCCAAAGGUGAUCUAGUCACCGAUGCCCAGAGUGUACUUAAAUUAUGGAGGGAACACUUCUCCAGCCUACUGAAUGGCAGUGAAUGUACAACGCCAGGAGAAGGCGAAUCCGAUUCCCCAAUCGAUGACGAUGGAGCAGACGUUCCAUUGCCCUACCAUGAAGAAGUUCGAGUAGCAAUUACCCGCCUGAAGAAUAACAAGGCGCCGGAGGCCGAUGGAUUGCCGGCCGAGCUAUUCAAACACGGCGACGAAGAAUUGAUAAGGAGCAUGCAUCAGCUUCUUUGCAAAAUAUGGUCGGACGAAAGCAUGCCCAACGAUUGGAAUUUAAGUGUGCUAUGCCCAAUCCAUAAAAAAAGAGACCCCAAAACCUGCUCCAACUGCCGCGGGAUAAGCCUCCUCAACAUCGCGUACAAGGUUCUAUAGAGCGUAUUCUGUGAAAGAUUAAAGCGCACCGUCAACAAACUGAUUGGACCUUAUGAGUGUGGCUUUAGACCUGGAAAAUCAACAACCGAGCAGAUAUUCACCAUGUGCCAAAUUUUGGAAAAGACCCGUGAAAGGAGAAUCGACACUCACCACCUAUUCGUCGAUUUCAAAGCUGCUUUCGACAGCAUGAAAAGGAACUGCCUCUAUGCCGCUAUGGCUUAAUUUGGUAUCCCCGCAAAACUAAUACGGCUGUGUAAACUGACGUUGAGCAGCACCAAAAGCUCCGUCAGGAUCAGGAAGGACCUCUCCGAGCCGUUCAAUACCAAACGAGGUUUCAGACAAGGCGACUCCCUAUCGUGCGACUUUUUCAAUCUGCUGCUGGAGAAAAUUAUUCGAGCCGCAGAACUUAAUCGAGCGGGUAUAAUCUUUUAUAAGAGUGUACAGCUGCUGGCGUAUGUCGAUGAUAUUGAUAUCAUCGGCCUCAACACCCACGCCGUUAGUUCUGCUUUCCCCAGACUAAACAAGGAAGCAACGCAAAUGGGGCUGGCAGUGAACGAGGGCAAGACGAAAUAUCUCCUGUCAUUAAACAAACAGUCGUCGCACUCGCAACUUGGCUCUCACGUCACUGUUGACAGUCAUAACUUUGAAGUUGUAAAUAAUGUCUUCUAUUUAGGAACCAGUAUUAACACCACCAACAAUGUCAGCCUGGAAAUCCAACGCAGGAUUUCUCUUGCUAACAGGUGCUACUUCGGACUGUGUAGGCAAUUGAAAAGUAAAGUCCUUUCUCGACGAACAAAAGCCAAACUCUCUAAGUCACUCAUAAUUCCCGUUCUGCUAUAUGGUGCAGAGGCUCGGACGAUGAAAACAACCGAUGAGUCGACGUUACGAGUUUUCGAGAGAAAGGUUCUGCGAAAGAUUUAUGGUCCCUUGCGCAUUGGCCACGGCGAAUAUCGCAUUCGAUGAAACGAUGAGCUGUACGAGAUAUACGACGACAUUGACAUAGUUCAGCGAAUUAAAAGACAGCGGCUACGCUGGCUAGAUCAUGUUGUCCGGAUGGAUGAAAACAUUCCAGCUCUGAAAGUAUUCUACGCAGUACUAGCCGCGGGAAGCAGAGGAAGAGGAAGACCUCCUCUCCGUUGGAAGGACCAAGUGGAGAAGGACCCGGCUUCGCUUGGAAUAUCCAAUUGGCGCCACGUAGCGAAAAGAAAACACGACGUCCGGCUCAUUUAGCCAUCCCGGCCCCCCUAGGCGAAUAUUCAGCCUAGCAAUCUGUGUAAUUGCUGAAGUGUUGCCACGACGUUUCUAAGUCCAGUAGCGGGACGAUGAUGUGGCCCUUUCGGACGACGGCUGCGACGGCUGGUUGGUGCAACGCGGUGCGGACGCCAUUGAAGGGACUCAGGCCGAGCUGCAGUGGUUCGACGUCGUACCGCCCGGUUUGCGUUCCUUGAGCUAUCCACGCUUGAGGCAGAUGGCCGACCUACAUCGCGUCGUGGGUCUAUGCAGCAGCGUGUAGUGUGGUCUGCCACACGUGGUAGCACUGAUUAUUGGACAAAUUUACAAAUUUAUUUUUACAAAUGAUGUCGAUAAGGUAACACUGAUUAUUUGACAGUUCGUAAUUCAUUUGUUAUUCUAAAAUAAUAAUAAUUCAACAAUAAUUGAAAUAUUUUUAAAAGCAAUUUUUGCACUAUAGUAUAUAAAAUAAAUGUGUGCAAAUGAAUAAGUGAU